UUGAAGCUCGUGUUCGUCGGCGUGACGAUUUUUCGACAACACCACGCUUUUCGGUGCUUUCAAUUGCCCAGAUGGUUCUCUCUUAGGGUAAGCCGAGUUGGGUUGUCUCACAAUGGAAUCGUAGUUGGGUCCUACCGCUCCAUCUGCAGGGAUUUCUGUCCUGAGCUUUGUGUUUUACUUCGGUUUAGUGAAGAAGGAUGUGAUCGAUUGCGACUCUUCAUUUCAUAAGGGGCAGUGUUGUUUUAAGGAGAUCGAGGAGUGUUGGCGUUGUAGGAACUGUGACACGCGUUGCGUGAAUUUGCCGGGGGUGUCAGGUCAUUCUUCGUGGUUUUGGAAUUGCGGUGGUUGUCGCGGAUUCGUGCGUCCUCGAUUUAGGGUGGUUGGAAAAUGACUUGUUGCAUCUGAGUAGCGAAGAGGAGCUUGAUGGCUGCAUUAUUUGCUGCUCGGCAGCUACGCCAUCGGUCCGCUUCCAUAUUGAGGGGCGUGUUUGGUCCGGUUAAUGAAGCGGGUGCGGUUUGUGGUGCGGCGACUGCGGCGGCGGCUGCUUUGAAAGCACCGUCUCCUCUGUGGAGAUCGCAAAUGACAUCGACUGUGCAUUCAUGGUCGGCCCCUAAUGGUCGCUUUGGAAACUGGCGGGAGGCCUUCCCAUCUGUGAGUGGUUGGGACACAACGAGAGGGCUCGCUACAAGGGCUGGGAGAGUGGAUGUGGGAGCUAGAGCAAGGCAGUUACAAGCUCGACGACUAUGGACCAUCGCGUUGUCUGGAACAGCAGUAGCAGGCUUUGUCAUUGUUAUUCUGAACACAUUUCAAGAGAACCUCAUGUUUUAUAUUACGCCUUCACAGGCUUUGGAGAAAUUCUUUCUUGAUCCCAAGAAAAAUAGAUUCAGGCUUGGCGGCUUGGUUUUGGAAGGCAGCGUACAUCACUUCAAAAAUUCCACAGAGAUGGAAUUUGUUGUGACUGAUCUUGAGAAUGAGAUUCUUGUGAGGUACCGAGGAGCAUUACCGGACUUGUUUAGAGAAGGUCACUCAGUAGUGGCAGAGGGUUUCGUUAAACCGUUUGAACAGUAUCCAGGCGUGCCGCCAAAUAGUGCUGACCAACACGCAAGCCUCACUGCUAAAGCGAAGGAAUGCGGUUGUUAUUUUGCAGCUAUCGAAGUUCUGGCUAAGCAUGACGAGAAGUACAUGCCGAAGGAGAUUGCCGCCGCAGUGGCAAAGAAUAAAGCAAUGCAAGAGGGUCUAGAAGUUCCAGCAUCAGGUUCAAUACCUACUGCGAAGGUAUUAGCUGUUCCAUCUGUUCCCCCUGCUGGUGGGGGUCCAAAGAAGAACGGAGUUGCCCAAGCGCCAGCAGUUGCUCAGAGUUAUGAAAUCAAUGCUUGAAUCUACAGUUGAUUGUAGACAGUAAUUGAGGUCGAGAGUUUUGAACAUGGCUUAUUACAGCGAACGGUUGGAUCAAUUUCAGAAUUUUCUACAGAAGUUUAUAAAUUUAUCAUUUUUAUCAGUUUACAAUUAGUCAAUUUUGCAGACGGUUAGAAGAGAAGAUUUGAGUGUGUCUACAGCUGUGUAGAGAAUAAUUUGACAUGAUAGAGACAUUCUUCCGAGUGAAUUACUUCAUUAUUGAAGGGCAUAAGCGAGGGGUUGUUUUUUAUUUUUAUUUAUUUUUAUUUAUUUAUUUCGGAUGCUCGAAACAAAUCUCCUUUACAAGGUGUUAUUAAAAACCAUGGGUCACUUAAUUUGAUGAGAAAGCUAUUUUUUGAAUUA